AUGGACAAGCCAUCUAGCAAACGUCGUCGCACCGACGCAGCUACUGCACUCUCAAAGCCAUUCAAGUCCCCGCUACGCAGAUCUGCACCAACAAACACAGGCGACACACCAUCUAAGCCUGUCGCAUCUAGGACCCCUGAGGAUACUCAUAUCCCAGUGACUCCUGACAUCCCCGUAGAGUCCAAGUCAACAUCAAAUCCACCAGAAUCAACAACAACAACAACAACAACUCCAGUACCUCCUAGGCGCAAACGCAUUCUACAGCUCUGUUCCCCACUCUCACAAUCAUUCCAAACCUCCGACCCAGAGAUCCUAAAACUGCAAAAGGAGCACCGGGAGAUCAAGUCAAAGGUCGAUGCACUCACCACUGAACUCGAAAUAGCAACCCAGGCCCUCAACCUCGAGAAAAACCCCAAAUACAUCGAGAUACCAACGCUCAUCACCAAAUGGCGUCUCGCUAGCCAGGACGCAGCUGAUGAGGUAUUUGUCGGUGCCAAGGAAAGGGUCAAUCGUAUGGGAGGGAUGGCGGCUUGGAAAGAGCAGUCGAAGCGUGAUGCCGCUCGGUGGGAGUUUGAUGAGGAGGGCUAUGAGCGGAAGCACGUUAAUGAAGAGGAGGAAAACGUUGAUAAUUCCGGCGCUGAGGAUAUUGCUGGCCAUCUAUUGAACAAGAACAAUCGCGAGGAGGAGAGUCAGGAUGAGGAGUUCACAAUGGAAUUCAUGCUCAAGAAUCUACAUGUUGAUCCUACGUUGAUUGGAUAUGACACCAAGGCUCAAAAAUGGAUCAAAGCAUGA